UUGACGUUUUAAGAACAAUAGAAGCCUAUCAUGAAGUCGCUGUUUAUUAUUGUACUGAGUAUUGCUGUUGCAGAAGCGCAAGAGAGACAACGCUGCGAGCCCAAAACCCAGUUCAUGCAGUAUUGCAAUACAUGUUUCUGCGAUGAUGGUGGUUUUCUUAUGGGUUGCACUCUUAGGGCCUGUGAGCCCGAUGUCUGGAAUAUCGAUGGUACCAAGAAAGAUCAGCUAACCGUUUCUCAACACAAGAACGUCGCCGAAAGAUCGACUACAGUGUGGCAAAAAAGAUGUGAGCCUGGAAAAGUAUUCAAAUAUUACUGCAAUUUCUGCACCUGCAGUAGCGUAGGUAAAGUUGGUCGUUGCACUAGAAUGUUAUGCAAUAAAAAUAUGUACAACGAAGAUGGUACCUUGAAAAUCGAUGAUCCAGCAAGAAAUGCAAAGCAGGUGAAGUUUCCAUUCAAAAUAAUUGCAAGGUCUGUACUUGUAACAAAUAUGGUACCGACUCGAUUUGUAGCAAUGAGAGAUGCUCCGAGAAUUCGAUCGAAAAUGAAGGUGCAGAGAAAAGCAAGAAAAAAGGGCCAUAAUGUGUGCAUUUACUUUACCAUCGCUAAGAGCACAGCUUACAGCUUGCACGCGGACGUGGCUUGUUCAAUCGGAGGAAUUGCAAAUGUCACCAACAUCGAUAUUGUUCAUGCUCGCGAUGCCUGUGUGUCCGGAAAAACUUUCUACGGUAGCAAGUGCAAUCGAUGCGUCUGCACGGGAAACGGAAAGAGCGCAUUUUGCACCCUAAUGUCAUGUCAAGGGAGUAAGUAA